AGUCCAACAGAGGGGGCGCUUAUAUGCAUCUUGUGUACCCAACUGUCAGAACAUGAAAAGGACAAUGAGAAAAGAACACGGCGGUGAUUUUUAACUUUUAUUGGCAGCAGAGCAGAGUGAGAACAUAGUUCUUUAAACAACAACAUUUAAUCCUGGUUGUGAGAACUGUCUCUACACGUUUAGGUACUGUCAGAAGUUUGCAUUUGUCCGCAAAGCAACGUUGUGACAAGACUUCUUAGUUUCCUUUUUAGCAUGAGUUAUGCUGCUUCUCGGUUCAGGUAGACUUUUAAGAUUAACAAGUUUUAAACGCAGUCGAACGAAUAUAAUGUCAAAUGGGUUGUGCAAUAAGAGAACACCGCGUUCAUAUUGCAGUGGACGCGAGAGCGAAUCAAAUUCGAAUUCUAACGAUAAAAACGCAGCCGCGUCACCUGAAACAAGCACGCUUUCUGAUGACGAUAGAUUAAUUUAUAAACUCCAUCUGGACGCAUGCAAGAAUCAGGAAAGAACAUACAUUGACCCUAUAACAGGCUACAAUGUGUUCACUGAGUUUGCCCAUAGGAAAAGAGGAAGAUGCUGUGGGAGUGCCUGCAGACAUUGUCCAUACGGGCAAAUUAACGUGGAGGAUCCUGCUAAGAAGAAAACCUUCAACUCUUUGUUUUAUGUAUAGCAGUAAAUGUUAAGAUCGGCUGAACAACUCAUUUUGUGUGCUCCUGUAUUGAAUUUGGACUUCUUUUAAUGCGCAUUCGUCUUACACUCUGUUUAAAAUGAUGAAAUACGCUACACCAGAUGUGCAACCCACACUCCAGGAAAUGGUUUGAAUCACAUCUAUCCACUGUGAGUUGACUUACAGGAGUUGGUGUGCUCCUCUGUCAGAUGAAUUCCACAAGCGGGAAUUUUUGCGGUGAUGAAUAUUCAUACGGUUACAGGCGAUCAUAAUUUUGACAGCUGUCAAUUCUGACUACUUCCUCCCUGGUAAAUGUUCGACCAAGAAAACACAAUGGAGAAUAAAGUCCUCUCAUAAAUGUGUGCUGAUGUUAAAUCAAUCGAAAGCUUCAUUUCUAAAUGAAAUUACAAAGAAAUGAUGCACAAAGUGUUCACAGACAUAUAUUUGAUUGUAGUUAUUGUAGGUAUGUAAUUUAAACUAAGUAAAAGUACUUUUUGAAAAAAGA